AGCACUCUCUGCUUUUUCACAACACUUUUUGCUUUCUUUUUUUUUUUGCUCUUUACUCCCCUCUUAACACUCCAAGUAUGCGCUCGCUUAUUCUUGUCGCGUUCCUUUUGAUUGUGGGACUGUUUAUCGGCGCCGAAUGCAGGCUGGAGACAAGCAACUCUUUUGAUGCCUACAUCCGUCAGUAUGGCAAACGGUACAGCGCCGUCGAGUACUCGAAGCGUCUCAAAAUUUUUACGGAGCGACUUCGCGAGAUUGAAGAGUUCAAUCGCGACGGCAAGCACUCAUAUCGCCGGGGAUUGAACAAAUUGACUGACUGGACCGAAGAUGAGAUCGGUGCCCUGAAUGGGGCCCGCCCGAUGAUGUCGAGGAACCUUCGCAGCUCUGUUCCGAAGCACAUCUACAACCGCUCUUCCCACACCCUCCCUCGCCGCGUCGACUACCGCACAAGUGUUCCUCCGGUGCUAACCUCCAUCAAAGAUCAGGGCUCCUGCGGCAGUUGCUGGGCGCACUCCGCAGUGGAGGCAAUGGAGUCGCACUGGGCAAUCGCGACCGGCCACCUGCACGUCCUCAGCCAGCAGCAGGUGACGGCGUGCACGCCGAAUCCGCGACACUGCGGUGGUACAGGUGGAUGCGACGGUUCGAUUGAGGCUCUGGCGUAUGACUACGUAGCCGGGGCAGGCGGAAUCCAGGAGGAAUGGGGAUACCCCUACACUGCCUUCUACGGCGAAACUGGGAAGUGCGAAGACAUGCGCACAAGCAGACCCGCAAAGGUGUCUUCCUAUGUCGAACUUCCCGCCAAUGACCAAGAGGCGCUGAUGGACGCUGUCGCGUUUAAAGGACCGAUUGCAGUGAGCGUGGAUGCCUCAAGGUGGUUCAGCUACCGGGGAGGCAUUUUUGACGGGUGCGACUAUUCGGUGAACAUCACACAAAACCACGCAGUGCAACUCGUGGGAUACGGACACGACUACGACUCUGGCAAGGACUACUGGAUUAUUCGAAACUCGUGGGGGCCGCUCUGGGGCGAAGAGGGGUACAUCCGCCUGCUCCGUGAGAAAACUCCGCAAUGCGGUUGGGCGGUUGAUGCCCACUCGGGUGCCGCAUGUGACGGCGAUCCAGAUGAAGUGUGGGUGUGCGGAAUGUGCGGAAUCCUUUCGGGCUCCACCUAUCCUGUUAUGGCGGCUCCUUGA